UUUUCAUAGCGCAACAAUCUUUAGCUACAGCAAAGAAGGUGAACUUGAUCUAGGCAGGAGAUUGCGAACGCUUGGCGUCGCUUUAAGUUCCCAGGUAAAAUUUUAAAUGAACUAACGUUCGAAAAAAAAUAAAAUAAAAAUCGGCGACUAUAAGACUAGUAAAAAACUCGUUCAUUAAUCUUCUUUUACCGCUUUAGUCACGAGUGUCUUCAUUUUCGGGGUUAAAUUCCCGGCAUUUAGUCUACCUCUGUGCACUUCCUAGUGCCCACAGCUUUCCUUCCACGGAUUCUUGGGACUCAGCGAUUCAUGGCCGGCGAGGAGCAAAGUGGGAGGCCGGGCUCGGGGCGCUCUCGCACCGAGAGAGCAGUAGCGUUGGCACGGCUGCUGCACCGGGAUUGCACUCGCCUGUUGGAGCUAUACAAAGAGAAAGAAAGCUUCCCAGCUGAGCACUCCCUGGAGGCAGAUCGGAUUGUGUCUGUCUGUGUGUCUGCCCCCCAUCUCACAACAGAUGAGCGGGUGUGGCUCCUUCACUCAGCCCUGCAGCAGUGUCUGAGGCUGCUGGAGUAUGUGAUUGGCCGAGAGGAGGAGCUGGAGGAGGAGGGGGAGUAUGAGAGUGUCCGCAACAGCGUGAGGGACAGGCUGGGGCAUCUACUCCAUAACACGAGUGCCCUGCUGGUGAAGGAAGAAGGGUCUUCUGAGCCAUCAUGUGAUCCUGAUAGUACUGAGGAGAUGCAGGUGGAUGAAGCGGAUGGCAGUUUUGGGGUGAAGCUCUGGACCUACCGGGUUCUGCAGGAACUGAUCCACUGGACCCACUCUGCCUCCGAGACCCUCCACACCCUACAUACAGAAAGGGAGGCUGAGCAGGAGAAGGGGCACAGUGAGAAUGGAGGAGCGGAAGUCUAAGAGAGAAAGGGGACCAGGGAGAGAGGGGUAAACAGAGGGAAGUUUGCAGACAAGGUAGGAGAAAAAUAACACCAAGCUUAGAAAGAAAGAGCAUUUGGAAAUAUGUGAAUGUGAAUGGAUCAAA